AUUGUCUUUGGUACAAUGCCAAACUAAAUUUUCCUAUCUGUUAUUUCGCGUAAUAAAAUUUACCGGUAUUUAGCACACUAAAAAACUUGUCAUUUGAAACCAAUGAAUCAACAAUCGGUGUAUAAAAAAUACUUGCCAGGAAUUAGUUGGUAAACUGAAUAUGGAAGAGAUAUUAUCGAAAUUGUUGGUGGCUGACACUGCAGUUAUUCAGCAGGGCACGCAGGAGCUGCGAGAAGCGUUCAAGAGCCCGGGCGUGAUCCCGGCGCUGUGCGGGGUCGUGGGCGGCUCGCAGAACCCGCAGAUCCGCCAGUACGCCGCGGUGCUGCUCCGCAAGCGCCUCUCCAAGGCCAGGAACUGGGCGCGGCUGCCCGAGAACGUGCGCGGCGACAUCAAGCACGGCAUCCUGCAGGCGCUCGUGUCGGAGCCCGAGAAGUCGGUGAAGAACGCCAUCGCGCAGUUCAUCGGCACGGUGGUGCGGCAUGAGUUCCCCGGCCAGACGUGGCCCGAGGUGCUGCAGUUCAUCCAGCAGAUGAUCGGCAGCAACAAUCCCACGCACCAGGAGCUGGGGAUGUACACGCUGAGCGUGAUCACGGAGGUGUCUGCGGACCAGUUCCUGCCGCACGCCCCGCAGCUGGUGUGCGCUCUGGGGGCCACGCUCGGCCGCCUGCAGAGCCCCGCCUGCCCGCUCGGCUACCACGCCCUGCUCACCAUGGUGCACCUCGUGCCGCUGCUCGAGUCCGACCAGAAGCUGGUGAACCUGUACCACCAGCUGAUGCCCUGCGCCAUGGACGCGGUGCGGGCCUUCGCCCGCGCGGACGAGGACAAGGCCGUGAAGGUCAUGGAGCUGUUCGACGACCUGGUGGAGAACGCCGUCGCCGUCGUGGUGCCGCACAUCAAGCCCCUGGUCGAGAUGUCCCUGCAGUUCGCCGCCGACAAGGACCUGGGCGACGCCAUACGCGUCAAGGCGCUCAGCUUCAUCGGCUGGAUCACGCGCACCAAGAAGAAGGCCAUCGUGAAGCACAAGCUGGUCCAGCCCAUCGUGGACGUGUUGUUCCAGCUGGAGAGCAUCCCGCCGGCAAACGAAGACAUGGAGGAGUACUUCAUAGAUGACGACGACUCCAACACGCCGAUGACGUGUGCGACCCAGACGCUGGACAUUUUAGCACUGCACCUGCCACCGGACAAAUUAUUUCCACCUUUGUUGCAGCACAUAGAACCGAGCCUGCAGGGAAACGAUGUGUACAAGCAGAAGGCUUCGUACCUCACCAUGGCAGUGUUGGCGGAAGGCUGUGCGGAGUACAUCCGCACCAAGUACCUGAAGCUGUUCCUGCAGUGCGUGUGCAAAGGAAUUCGCGACCCGACUGGGGUUGUUAGAAACGCUGCCCUCUUCGCGCUGGGUCAGUUCUCGGAACAUCUCCAGCCGGACAUCAGCCAGUUUGCCUCGGAGCUGCUGCCGGUGCUGUUCGACUACCUGGACCAGCUGUGCUCGCAGCUGCAGAAGAGCGGCAAGGAGCCGGCGGGUGCCGACCGCAUGUUCUACGCCCUGGAGAUGUUCUGCGAGAACCUGGGCGACGAGCUGCUGCCCUACCUGCCCACGCUCAUGGAGCGCCUGUUCACCGCGCUCAGCCCGGGCAACUCGGUGCACCUGCGUGAGCUGGCCCUCAGCGCCAUCGGCGCCACAGCGAGUGCAGCCAAAGAAGGUAUGAUUCCUUACUUCCCGCGGGUCAUAGAGUACUUGAAGAUGUACCUGACCCAGGAACAAACCGAGGAGACGAUGUGCCUGCAGGUUCAAGCCGUAGACACGCUGGGAGUGCUGGCCAGGACGAUAGGUGCGGAAACAUUCAUGCCGCUGUCCAAGGAGAGCAUCCAGCUGGGCCUGAACCUCAUAAACAACACAGACGACCCGGACCUGCGCAAGAGCGUGUACGGCCUCUUCGGGUCGAUCGCGAUAGUCCUGAAGGAGGACAUGGCGGCGUUCCUCCCGGUCAUAGUGCAGUUCAUGCUGACGUCCCUUCGCAGCUCGGAGGGCAUUGUGGCUCACUUCAGGGAAGAGGACAAUGGUGCGUAUCAAGUGUGUGAAGACCUCAGCGACACUCCCGAUGAAGAAGAUAUAGAGAAUGAAUCCGAAGAGGAAGAAGAUGAAGAUAUAACUGGUUACAGUGUUGAAAAUGCUUACGUGGAUGAGAAGGAAGAAGCUUGUCUGGCGCUGAAAGAACUUGCACAGCACUCCGGCUCUGCAUUCCUGCCAUACCUGCAGAAGUGUUUUGAAGAAGUUUUCAAGUUGAUAACAUAUCCGCAAGAUGAGAUAAGGAAGGCUGUCUUGGAAACCCUGCUACAAUUUUCAAUUUGUUUUUCGAAGAUAGAGACUGAAGAAGGAAAAGCAGCCCUGUCGAAAGCGCUGAUGCUGGUGGUCCCGAAGUGCGCGGAGCUGAUACGCAUGGACGAGGAGAGGAGCGUGGUGAUGACGGCUCUCGACGUGUACUGCGACCUACUGGCUGAGGUCAAGGCCCCUGUGCUGGAGGGAGAAGGCCACACGGACGCCAUCAUCAACUGCAUCAUGGACGUCAUGAGCUACAAGACUGAAUGCCAAGACAAGGACGACGGGGAAAGCGAUGACCCAGAUGCCGAGCAAGACGAGGUGCUGAUCGAGUGUGCCGGCAACAUUGUCCCCAACCUCGGGAAGGCGAUGUCGCCGGACGAUUUCGCCAUGUACUUCGCCAAUUUGUUGCCACUGUUCACUGCGAAAUCUAAGAAGGUGUGCACCGUCGCCCAGCGGUCCUUCAGCGUGGGCACGCUGUCCGAGUGCCUGCAGCCCCUGGGACCGAGGUCGGGCCAGUUCGUGAACCAGCUGCUGCCCCUGUUCCUGCAGGCGAGCAAGGACGAGAGCGACGAGGUGCGCAACAACGCCAUCUUCGGCAUCGGGGAGCUGGUGUGCCACGGCCAGGAGGCUCUUCACCCUCACUUCCCAGAAAUUCUGCAAGCACUCUCUUCGGCGGCUGCGACAGAGACCCACCCGGGAGCUCUCGACAACAUCUGUGGAGCGCUGUCCAGGAUGGUCAUCUCCAACGUGAACGGAAUACCGAUGGAGCAGGUGUUCCCGGUGUUCGUCAACUACCUGCCGUUGCGACAGGACUUUGACGAGAACAAGUCUGUGUACAAGUGCAUGCUGCACCUGUACCACCUGGGCCACCCCAUGCUGAAGAAGCACCUCACGCCUGUGCUGAAGACUGCGUUCAUGGUCCUGCACUCGCACCAAGGGGACACAGAAACUCUGGAGAUGGUGCUGCACUUUGCCAAGUUGGUGCGCCGGGACUUUGCCGAGGAGUUCAACAAGAUCGUGGCGGACCUGCCCCAGGAGCUGACGCCCGUCGUGCAGGAGGUGCUGUCGUCCUAGCAGCUGGAGGGCGUCCGGAUCUGGAGGGUGUGAAUAGUGUGGUUACGUUCGCGUCUUUUCAUUCUCGUGGGACUGCCAUCGUUUUUUUUUCCGCAAGAUCACAAAAUUGUUGAUGGUAACACUGUUGUGAAAGCGAAAUAUUGAUUAUAGGUUGUGUAAGAUAUGAAGAGAGCUUUCAGAAAAUUUCAUAUAUUUAAAAUUGUGAUGAAAGUAUACUACAUACAUAUACCAAAAGUUAAAUAUACGUAAAAAAAAAUUUAACCAAGCAUGAUGUGUUGUUAUUGCUUGAUUGUGUGCAGUAUGUUUAAAAUGGCAUGCAAGUAUGAAGGUUGAGUUCAUCAGAAUUAGGUUUUAGAAAAUUUUCGCACACUGUAACUCCAAAACAAGUGAUAUUCAUAGUUCACCGAAUUUUUCAUGACAUUAUUUUGCUACUUGUUAUUCCUCUUAUGGAAUGGUAAUUGCCUGUUGUGACAUUAAUGUCUAGUAAUCAAUUAGUGGGACACAAAAUUACUGCAGAAUGUGUGUAAGACUGGUUUUGUUAAUGAAGAUUAUAUAUUUGUAUGUUAAAAAAUAUAUAUUAGUGGACAGUGGA